AGCCUGAGAAACAGCGAAGGCCACUUAGACUAGUGCGUGCAUAAAUGGCAUUAUCGUAAUAUUGCAAGGCGCGGAAACCCAUUAUCGUCAAUUCGGACACCUAUAUAUAUAUAGACUCAACAGAGUCUUAUUAGUUUUUUCUUUUUUUUUUUUUUACUUUUAUCAAACGAAGAAGAAGAAGAAGAAUAUAAGAAUUGCGCAGUGUCGUUGCCCGCUGCUUCUUCUUUGCUUCUGCUCUACGCUUUCACUCUCAAUCCUCUUCGCUUAGUAUAGAACUUGAAACUCCUCUUUUUUGCUUCAAUCGUCUUCUUGUCCGGUGUUCUUCGUUGACAACUUGCAGAUGGAUGAUCGGAAGGAGAAAACUGCUCCCUGGCUUUCAGUGCCACAAUUUGGAGACUGGGACCAGAAGGGACAGCUGCCUGACUACUCGCUUGAUUUCUCAAAACUUAGGGAAAAUAGGAAACAGAACAAGAGAGAUGUGUCUCGGGCGAGUCUUGGAAAUGAAGAGGAGCUGAUUGCCAAAGCCGCACCCCCAACGACAACAGACUCUUUCCCUACUGAUAAUCAUCACCCUUAUCAUCAUCAGAGUCACCACCCCCCACCGACAAGAAAGAGCAUUUUAAGUUGCUUCAACUGCUGCGUGAAAGCUUAAUUGAAUUAAGUAAGGUCUGUCUUGAAGAUGACCUCUGCAGGCUCACUUGUAAGUCUAAAUGUCAUUGUAUUAAUUGCUUUGGUACGAAUACCUCUAUUCUCCUUUAUUUGAAUCAGAACAACUGUAUUAUAUGUUUGGAUUUUGUAUGAUGGCUCUGUUUCAUUA